UAGUUCAUCGAUAAAAGUCUUUCAUUUCCGGUUGACUCGGAAACUUCCAUUAUUCUAUAGUCAACAUGGCGGUGAAUCUGACUGAAUUGUCUCUACCACAAUUGGAGAGCUUGAAAACUCAGCUUGAUCAGGAAACAGAGUUCCUGUCAUCCUCCAUAGGUCAGUUGAAAGUCGUCCAAACAAAAUAUGUGGAGGCUAAAGACAGUUUGAAUGUUCUCAAUAAGAAUAAUGAAGGAAAAGAACUACUUGUCCCUCUCACCAGUUCUAUGUACGUACCUGGAAAACUGCAUGACGUAGACCAUGUCUUAGUGGAUGUUGGAACAGGUUACUUUGUAGAGAAGAAUGUGGAGGAUGGAAAAGAGUUCUUUAAACGCAAAAUUGACUUCCUUACCAAACAAAUUGAGAAAAUUCAGCCUGCUCUUCAAGAGAAACAUGCUAUGAAACAAGCUGUGGUGGAAGUUAUGAACAUGAAGCUCCAGCAACUGCACAGCCAGCAGGCAUCACAGUCUGGCACCACAAAAGCCUAAAAACAGUUAUAAGCAGCAUGGCAGAAAAAUCAGGGGAUAUCCUGAGCAUUUACCCUAUAGAUUGGUCCAGUCUGCACAAUUAAAACAGAGAAUCACUGCUUUGAUGUCAACAUGUCGUUCACUGCUCCAUGGAGGAUGAAUGUCCAGCACCUUUUCUGCAUUAAACAACUAUUCACUUUUUCUGUUCCAUGUUUUCAUUCUCAUGUUUAGUGAACAAAUGAACCACUGGGCAUGGCCUGUGGCUCUAUCCGUAAAGCCUUUGAAGAGUGGGAUUAAUAUUUCUGGAUAAUUACAUGGUCACAGUGUGCUAGAUGGUAAAAACUUGGCAAUUUUUAAUUUAUUGUUUAAAAUAUAGAUAAUUUUGUGAGUACAAAUACUUACAUCAGAAAAUGGGCUAGAAGUGAAAUUUAUUUUAUUAUUAUUUUUUAACAUGUUUACUUGGAUCUGCAUUUCAUUACUGGUGUUUUCAUGUGACAAGUAAUGCAAAUAAGGAAUUAACUUCUUUGUUCUGAACAGCUGUUCCAAGCAGAUGAGUUGCUGGUCUAUGUUACAGAAAGCAGCAACAUUAAAGGAAUAUUCCGGGUUCAGUAUAAGUUAAGCUCAAUCGACAGCAUUUGUGGCGUUAUGAUGGUUACCACAAAAAUUAAUUUCGACUCGUUCCUCUUCCUUAAAAAGAGCAAAAAAUCUGGGCUUCAGUGAGGCAUUUACAAUGGAAGUGAAUGGGGCCAAUCUGUAUAUGUUAAAAUACUCGCUACUUUAAAAGGAUAGCCACAAGAUGUAAACAAUAUGCGUGUUAACGUGAUUUUGUAUAAUAAAAUCGCUUACCUUUUCUGUGCAAAUUUAUAUUCAGGUGUACAACUUUGCCAUAAAACCUUGAAACAGUAAUAAAAAUGACUGUUUAAACAACAUUACAGAUCAAAUAAUACAGGAGUUUUAACAGAAGAAUUAAUGUAAGUACUUUUAUAAAAUUAUAAGCUUCACAUUUCUGCCUUUAAUCCCUCCAAAAAUGUCCCCAUUCACUUCCGUUGUAAGUGCCUCACUGUUACCUUGAUUUUUGCUUUUUUUUUUUUUUUUUUUGUUUU